UAUCAAGAGGCGGUACCAGGCUUUCAGCAGUGCAAGAGAAAAAAAAUAAGAGGAGGAAGGAAAAGCCGAAAAGGUCCCACUUCUUCUACACCUCUGGCUUGAACCCCCAGGACACCCUAAAUUCUCGCCGAGCUUCUCCUUAAAAUAAAAAAACUGGUGCUUAACCCAAAAAGAAAAGAAGAAAAAAUAGGGAGGUUUUUAAAAAAAAAGUAAAUCAGCCAUGAAUGGAAACGUCCUCGGUAGAAUCUCCACCGCCAUCAAGCCGGGAUGCUUGGCGCAUACACAGAAGGUGGUGGCGUUGCAGCAGAGGUUCUACGCGUCAGAGCAAGAAGCAGAUUUGGUGGUGAUAGGCAGCGGGCCGGGCGGUUAUGUCGCUGCUAUCAAGGCAGCGCAACUCGGCCUGAAGACUGUGUGUGUCGAGAAGAACCCAACGCUAGGCGGUACUUGCCUCAACGUCGGGUGCAUACCGUCCAAGGCGCUUCUCAACAACUCUCACUACUAUCACAUGGCGCAGCACGAUUUCAAGACCAGGGGGAUCGAAGUUUCGGAUGUUAAACUCAACCUAGACACAUUCAUGAAUGCAAAAUUAACAGCAGUCAAAGCCCUGACAGGUGGAAUAGCCCAUCUUUUCAAAACGAACAAGGUCACUUUGGUCAAGGGCCAUGGUACAAUUACGGGCACAAAUGAAGUCACAGCGACGAGGGAAGACGGCGGUACCGAAAAGAUCAAAGCGAAGAACAUAAUGAUUGCCAGCGGAUCAGAAGUCACCCCUUUCCCAGGGAUAACGAUCGACGAGGAUACAGUGGUGUCAUCGACAGGUGCCCUUUCGCUCAAGCAAAUCCCGCAGAAGCUCGUCGUCAUUGGAGCAGGUGUCAUUGGAUUAGAAUUGGGUUCUGUCUGGGGACGUCUUGGAUCCAAAGUGACCGCGGUUGAGUUUAUGCCUUCAAUCGGUGGUGCUGGUAUCGACGGCGAAGUGUCAAAAACAUUCCAGAAGGUGCUCGCUAAACAGGGUAUGCAGUUUAAACUUGGCACAAAGGUAACAGGGGCUGAGAAAAAAGGAAGUACAAUUGUUGUCAACCUUGAAAAUGCCAAAGACCCUUCGAAAAAAGAACAGAUUGAAGCUGAUGUCCUUCUCGUAUGCGUCGGACGCAGACCGUACACGGAGAAGCUCGGCCUUGAGAAGCUAGGCAUUGAACGCGAUGAAAAGGGCCGCAUACCGGUCAACAGCAAGUUCCAGACAGUCGUGCCAAAUAUAUACGCCAUCGGAGACGUCAUACAUGGUCCGAUGCUGGCACACAAGGCCGAAGACGAGGGGAUUAUAUGUGUCGAAGGAAUUUUGGGUGGGCCGGUGCACAUCGACUACAACUGUGUGCCGUCAGUAAUAUACACUCACCCUGAAGUUGCCUGGGUUGGAAAAACAGAAGAAGACCUCAAAAAAGACGGUAUAGCGUAUAAAAUUGGAAAAUUCCCAUUCGCGGCGAACUCUAGGGCGAAGACGAACAACGAGACAGAAGGAUUUGUUAAAGUCCUCGCCGAUAAACACACCGACGCCGUACUUGGCGUUCAUAUCAUCGGACCUUCUGCCGGCGAAUUGAUUGCUGAGGCUGUUCUAGGCAUGGAAUACGGUGCAUCGGCUGAAGACGUAGCGAGGACUUGUCAUGCCCAUCCUACAUGCUCAGAAGCCCUGAGGGAAGCACAUCUCGCAGCGUACUGCGGCAAGGCGAUCAACUUCGGCUAGAGGGAACCAACGUGGGUCAUCAGGGAUGGACAGCUAUUUGUCAAAAUUCGGAUUAUGAUAAUAAUAAUUUAAAAAAAUAAAAUAAUCCUAGUGUCCUGCAGUCAGAAAAAAAGUUAAAAACUA